AUGACUCCGGAGAAUAAGAAAAUCAGUGACGCCGCUGUAAAUUACAUUCACAUGUUCCACAAGUAUAUUUUAGAAGAGCUCAUAAAUAUGGAACAACUAUGCGAAGAGACUUUCAUACGUUUGAACAUUGACUUAAUAACAUCAAUAAAAGGUCGCAUGCAACCACCAUCUUAUAUAUCUCCGGAAGAGAUGAGAAAAUCUUGUCAAAUAUAUCAUGAUAUAUUUGAAGAACCAGAGGAUGAUGAAUUGUGUCAUUGUACUUGGAAGAAUAAAACUAUAUGGAAUCUUGAUGAUACCCAAAAUAUCUUGAAACAACCAAAAAAAGAAGAACGAACGGAAUUCGAUGAGCAUGAUUUGAAGUUUAUGCAAGAUAUUAUUUGGUUAAGAACAAGUAUGUUCUCCUUGCCAAAAAAACGAACUGAUUUGAAUGAUCCUGUUUUCAAACUUGUUACUGAUAUAACUGAUAUCAAUGAUAUUCAACCGUCAUCAAUCGUAGAGUUCCUUCAGCUUCUUAAGCACAAGGAAGUUUACACUGUUUCCUCUUUGAAAGAUGAAUUCUCAAAAUUGAACAAUUUAAAAUUUGUUGAUGGAGAAUUUAAAAUUAAUGAUGUUUGGACAAAAGUUUUAGAUCUUUAUGGACGUCAAUAUAGCUCAAAGUGGCAUUUAGUUCUUCGCCCACAAAUCGAAAAAAUUGCAAAGAAACGUUCGAUACCUUUGUUACAAUUGAAUGCACGCGCAACUUUUGACUUUAUCUCGAACGUUACGAUGAUAAAUUUUAUAUUAUCGAAAACAGAUUUAAUUCCUCUUUUGACAAACAAACACGAUGCUAUUUGGUUAAAAAGUCUGAAGUUACAAUUUCAAAAAAUCGAACAGAAAUCUGCAGCUGCGACACUAAUACAAGCUCACUGGCGUGGAUAUUGGUUACGAAAAAAGAAUAUAGAAUCGGCACAUCUUUACAUAGCCGCCAGUCUCAUAUGGUUUUUCUGGAUUUCGUUAAAAACAAGGAGGGAAAUGCAUCGACGUUAUCUAAAAAAAAUGUUGGGUUUUUUGCAAGAAACUCGGGAUCUUACUCAAAAGCUUAGUAUAGAAUUCGAUUCGAUGAUACUACAACCGCACAUAGUUGUACAUCUACCGUCCAUGGGUUAUCCUUUAGAAUUACGCCAAAUACUCAAUCCAAAAUUGUUACCCAUUUAUCAAAAUAUUAUGUUAUUGCGAAUCUGUUUCGUUCGCAAUCUAAACACCGAGGUGAUCUACAUCCUACCCGUGAAGCCUAUCAAAGACAUAUUAAUAAUGUACAACGAUUUCAUAGAGUCCAUAUCACCUUCCGAAGAAAUCGCAAAACGAAUCACAUUCAUCGCUCUUUCGCAAAUGGAUACAUUUAAAAAACUUACUUUAAAUGUAUCCAGGAUCCUUCAUUGUUCCCAAGAAUCAAUUAACGAGAUCAAGAACAAGAUCGAGGGAAAAUUGGCUUAUUUCUUGCCUUACAUUGUCGACGAAUGUGACAUGAGAUUGGCCGGUACUCUGAACCUUCCUUUAUUGAGCCCCGACAUGGAGGCGCAAAGAAUACUUCUAAACGCCUCCAAUAUGUGUGAGAUAAUCGAGAAUCUUGGCCUCUCUCAACCACCACACAGAAGGCAUAUAACAGACUUUGAAAAUCUUUGCUCCUCUUUAUCCGAGUUAAUGGUCCUUCAUACCGAAAUUAGCACGUGGUUGUUCAAGUUGAAUUACGGUAUAACGGGCAAGCAUUGCGGAUAUUUUCUGAUCAAUCACAUCAGCGUUCCGUUCAUGCCGCAGUUAAGGCGGGAACGAGAAAAGUUUGAGGAUAUUUGGGAAAUUCAAGCGAGUGUGCGAGAUGAGUAUCUUAAGAAAAUGAAGAACCAUAUACCGUUAGUUAUACGGAGCGUGACACGAUUGUCGAGGGUAUAUGCUAAUUGGGAUAAGUUUUAUGAACAUAUACAAAAAUUUGGAUGCAUAAUCCAAGCAAUUCCGCCUGAUUCCGAAUCGAUUCAACUUUCUUUGUUUAUCCCAGCGAAAGUGACCAAAAAGGGACCUAAAUGGUUGGGUAGCGCCAAUAGAAUAAACUUAGAAUCGAUAUAUGGUACUACUAUUUAUAUGUUACCUCAAACUUCUGUGGACAUUUCAAAUUUACAACCAAUAGUGAACAAAUUCGCUAAAGAUAUACAAAAUAGAGGAUACUUUGGUUAUUUAAGUGUCGAUUGUUAUUGCUAUAUGCAUAAGCAAGAGGAAAGAUUAAUCAUAUUAAUAUUAAACGUAUUUCCUUAUUAUACCUCUUUGCAAAGUUAUAUCGAGUGGAUGAAAUUUGCAAUUAAUGGAUGGUAUAAUGUUGACAAAGAUAAUUUUAUCAGUGAUGUUGCAAUAGCUUCGCAAGUGGAAAAAAGAAAAUCAUCUCUUUUAUUAACAAAUAAAACAGUGGAAUGGAAUGAAACUGUAGAAAGAUUUGCGGUUGCAAUUACUCAACUACAUCAUAGUAGAUUUUCCAGUUAUAAAUGGCAUAAUCUCAAAAGUUUAUUCGAAUCAUGUGAUAUUUUUUAUGAUAGAGUAAAAAAACAAGGAUGUAACAUACUUCUACACGAUGGAGAAAUUCGAAGUCUUGCUCAGAUGGUCGCUGUUAGUCCUGCUAUGAGCAAUACAUUGAAAAUGAUACAUAAAUGUUUGGAAAAAUUGCAUAUAACUUUGUUAAUGAAAACGAAGCACAAGCCAGAAACAAAUUUACCAAUUCUUAGUGACUAUUUUUUGAAACUUUCACUUAGCUAUAGUGAUUAUAUUACCGACAAAUGUCUAAAUUUGUCGUAAAUUAUCAUGAAUUAUCCAUCAAUAUAUAUAUUAUUACUUUUUAUUGAUAA